AUGAUGAUGGCAAGAAAGCAAGAUGUUCGCAUUCCCACCUAUAACAUUAGCGUGGUGGGAUUGUCCGGGACGGAGAAGGAGAAGGGGCAGUGCGGCAUUGGGAAAUCCUGCCUUUGCAACCGGUUUGUGCGGCCCAGCGCGGAUGAGUUCCAUUUGGACCACACUUCGGUUCUCAGCACCAGUGACUUUGGGGGAAGGGUGGUCAAUAAUGACCAUUUCCUCUACUGGGGGGAAGUUGUGCGUUCCCUGGAGGACUGCGUGGAAUGUAAAAUGCAUGUCGUGGAGCAGACGGAGUUUAUCGACGACCAGACCUUUCAGCCUCACCGCAGCACGGCCCUGCAGCCCUAUAUCAAGAGGGCUGCCGCGACCAAACUGGCGUCGGCUGAAAAGCUCAUGUACUUUUGCACUGAUCAGCUUGGACUGGAACAGGACUUUGAACAGAAACAGAUGCCGGACGGAAAGCUGCUGGUGGAUGGCUUUCUCCUCUGCAUUGACGUUAGCAGGGGCAUGAACAGGAACUUUGAUGAUCAGCUCAAAUUUGUUUCCAAUCUUUACAAUCAACUAGCGAAAACAAAAAAGCCCAUCGUGGUGGUCCUGACGAAGUGUGACGAGGGCGUGGAGCGGUACAUUAGGGAUGCACAUACUUUUGCCUUAAGCAAAAAGAACCUCCAGGUCGUGGAGACGUCGGCUCGAUCCAAUGUGAACAUUGACUUGGCUUUCAGCACCUUAGUGCAGCUGAUCGAUAAAAGCCGGGGAAAGGCUAAAAUCAUCCCCUACUUCGAGGCUUUGAAACAGCAAAGCCAACAGAUAGCUGCUGCGAAAGACAAGUACGAGUGGCUGGUCAGCCGCAUCGUCAAAAACCACAACGAGACCUGGUCGAACGUGAGCCGCAAGAUGCAGUCCUCCCCGGAGUAUCAGGAUUACGUCUACCUGGAAGGAACGCAGAAAGCCAAAAAGCUCUUCCUGCAGCAUGUCCACCGCCUCAAGCAGGAGCACAUAGAGCGCCGGCGGAAGAUGUAUCUCGCCGUGCUUCCGCAAGCGUUGGAAGCCCUCAUCCCCGACCUAGACGAAAUAGAUCACCUGAGCUGCGUGAAAGCGGAGAAGCUCUUGGAGACGAAGCCGGACUUUCUGAAAUGGUUUAUUGUCCUGGAAGAGACGCCCUGGGAUGCCACCAGCCACAUCGACAACAUGGAGAACGAGCGCAUUCCCUUCGACCUGAUGGAGACCCAGCCCGCUGAGCAGCUCUACGAAGCUCACUUAGAAAAGCUGAGGAACGAGAGGAAAAGGGCAGAAAUGAGAAGAGCUUUCAAAGAAAACCUGGAGACUUCCCCUUUCAUCACGCCCGGGAAGCCCUGGGAGGAAGCGCGCAGUUUCAUUAUGAACGAGGAUUUUUACAUGUGGCUGGAGGAGUCUGUUUAUAUGGACAUCUACAGCAAGCACCAAAAACAUAUUAUAGAGAAGGCCAAGGAGGAGUUCCAGGAGCUGCUCUUGGAGUACUCGGAGCUGUUUUACGAACUGGAGCUCGACGCCAAGCCCAGCAAGGAGAAAAUGGGCGUCAUCCAGGAUGUGCUGGGGGAAGAGCAGCGGUUCAAAGCCCUGCAGAAGCUGCAGGCUGAGCGGGACGCCCUGAUUUUGAAGCACAUCCACUUUGUGUACCACCCGACGAAGGAAACCUGUCCCAGCUGCCCGGUUUGCGUCGACUCUAAAAUUGAGCAGCUGAUCAGCUCCCGCUUCAUCAGGCCCUCCGAACGCAACCAGAAGAACUUGCUGUCGGACUCCAACAUCGAUAGGAUCAACCUGGUGAUCCUCGGCAAGGACGGCUUGGCGCGCGAGCUGGCCAACGAGAUCCGGGCGCUCUGCACCAACGACGACAAGUACGUCAUCGAAGGGAAGAUGUACGAGCUGUCCCUGAGGCCGAUCGAGGGCAACGUCCGGCUCCCCGUUAACUCUUUCCAGACACCCACCUUUCAGCCUCACGGUUGUCUGUGCCUUUACAACUCGAAGGAGUCGCUGUCCUAUGUGGUGGAAAGCAUCGAGAAGAGCAGAGAGUCGACCAUCGGCAGGCGGGAUAAUCACUUGGUUCACCUUCCCCUGACGCUCAUCCUCGUUAACAAGAGGGGGGACACCAGCGGCGAGACGCUGCACAGCCUGAUACAGCAAGGCCAGCAGAUUGCCAGCAAGCUGCAGUGCGUCUUUCUGGACCCCGCGUCUGCCGGCAUCGGGUACGGCCGUAACAUCAACGAGAAGCAGAUCAGCCAGGUUUUGAAGGGGCUGCUGGACUCGAAACGCAACUUAAACCUCGUCAGCUCGACCUCCAGCAUCAAAGACCUGGCAGACGUCGACCUGCGGAUCGUCAUGUGCUUGAUGUGCGGGGAUCCGUUCAACGCCGACGACAUCCUUUUGCCCAUCCUUCAGUCGCAGACCUACAGACCUUCACAGUGCGGCAGCAGCAGCUCCGUCCUCCUGGAGUUAUCCAUCGGGCCGCACAAGAGGCGCGUGGAGCUCUCCCUCCUUUCCUACCAUUCCUCCUUCAGCGUUCGGAAAAGCCGUCUCAUCCACGGGUACAUCGUCUUCUACUCGGCGAAACGGAAGGCGUCCCUGGCCAUGCUGCGUGCCUUUCUCUGCGAGGUGCAGGAUAUCAUCCCCAUCCAGGUCGUGGCGCUCACGGACGGCUCCAUAGACAUCCUGGACAACGACGUGAGCAGGGAGCAGCUCAGCGAGGGGGAGGAGAUCGCCCAGGAGAUCGACGGCAAGUUCACCACGAUACCCUGUAGCCAGCCGCAGCACAAGCUGGAGAUCUUCCACUCGUUUUUUAAAGACGUGGUGGAGAAAAAAACCAUCAUCGAAGCCACCCACAUGUACGACAACGUGGCCGAAGCCUGCAGCACGACGGAGGAGGUGUUCAACUCGCCGCGGGCGGGCUCCCCGCUCUGCAACUCCAACCUGCAGGACUCGGAGGAGGACGCCGAGCCCCCCACCUACAGCCCCUUCAGAGAGGACACGUCCAUGCCCGCCCUGCCCAAAGACCACUCGAAGCUUUCCAUGGAGCUGGAGGGGAACGACAGCUUGUCUUUCAUUUCCGUCAUGAGCACUUUUGAGAACAAGCUGAACAACAAAGUACCUCCCCCGGUAAAACCAAAGCCCCCAGUGCAUUUUGACAUUUCCAAGGGGGACCUGUCGUAUUUGGAGCAGGGGCAUCGGGACGGGCAGCGGAAGUCCAUGUCUUCUGGCGGCUGGUUGCCCGCCGACUGCUUCGAUCCUUCCGAUUACGCCGAGCCGAUGGAUGCUGUGGUCAAACCCCGAAACGAAGAGGAGAACAUCUACUCCGUGCCUCACGACAGCACCCAGGGCAAGAUCAUCACCAUCCGAAACAUCAACAAAGCCCAGUCGAACGGCAGCGGCAACGGCUCGGCCAGCUCGCUGGAGCGGGGCCGCAAGGUGUCGGUCGUCAGCAAGCCGGUGCUGUAUCGGACGCGCUGCACCAGGCUGGGCCGGUUCGCCAGCUACCGAACCAGCUUCAGCGUUGGGAGCGACGACGAGCUGGGGCCCAUUCGAAAGAAAGAGGAAGACCAGACUUCCCAAGGGUAUAAAGGUGAUAACGCCGUUAUCCCCUACGAAACGGCGGACGGGGAAGAUCCGAGGAGGAGGAACAUCCUGCGCAGCCUGAGGAGGACAACGAAGGUAGGCCGGUGCUGUCUGCCCGUCGCUCGUGGGAUUCGCGGGGUAGAGGUCGGGCCGUACCGCCAGGCGUAA